UGUCAGGUCCCUCAGGCAGAUCCAGUGUCUCAUGUCAGCCUCUGGCAAGAAGAUGACACAGCAGGUGCCCCAGCCAUCAGCCCUCAGCUUGUGCAGAGGGGCAGCUUGAAGCUGGGCCACCGUGUGGCACAGUCCAGGGGCGGGCACAUGUACACUGGGCACCGGGGUUCACUGAUGUGGAUAACAGUCCAGGUGGCACCCCCGAGCUGUAUAGCUCAGUGACCCUGGCUCGAAGCCCAGUGCCACCUGAGAGCCACACAUGGACACUGACUACCUUGCCAGUUGUCAUUGUGCAAAGCACUUCACGGUGCCUGUCAGAGCCUGGCCUGUAAGGACGCAGCCUUCGGUGUCUGGGCCCCACAGUGCAGGACGAGCAGCGGUGCUGCACUUGGAGGGGGCUCCUCUGUCGGUCACCACGGAGGCGGCUUUUGACCAUUUUUCUGAGCAACUGCCUCCUUCUGGGGCUCCCGUAGGCCUUCUCUUCUCCGUGGCUAACCUGGGUCCCCCCCCACCACAGUUGCAGAGCUACUUUGCUGCCUGUGAAGAUGAGACCCCCGCCAUCCGGAACCACGACAAGGUCCUGCAGCGCCUGUGCGAGCACCUGGACCAUGCCCUGCUGUACGGGCUGCAGGACCUCUCGUCUGGCUACUGGGUGCUCGUGGUGCACUUCACCCGGAGAGAGGCUGUCAAGCAGAUCGAGGUGCUGCAGCACGUGGCCACCAACCUGGGGCGCAGCCGGGCCUGGCUGUACCUGGCCCUCAACGAGAACUCCCUGGAGAGCUACCUGCGGCUGUUCCAGGAGAACCUGGGGCUGCUGCACAAGUACUACGUCAAGAAUGCCCUGGUCUGCAGCCACGAUCACCUGACCCUCUUCCUGACCCUGGUGUCUGGGCUCGAGUUCAUUCGCUUCGACCUGGACCUGGACGCCCCUUACUUAGACUUGGCUCCCUACAUGCCCGACUACUACAAACCCCAGUACCUACUGGACUUUGAAGACCGCCUUCCCUGCUCGGCCCACGGCUCAGACAGCCUGUCCCUCAACUCCUUCAACUCCGUCACCUCCACCAACCUGGAGUGGGACGACAGUGCCAUCGCCCCCUCGAGCGAGGAUUAUGAUUUUGGAGAUGUGUUUCCUGCAGCGCCGUCCAUACCCAGCACAGACUGGGAAGACGGAGACCUCACGGACACUGUCAGUGGCCCCCGCUCCACUGCCUCCGACCUGACCAGCGGCAAAGCUUCCGCCAAGAGUCCCACCCAGCGCCACAACCCCUUCAACGAGGACCAGGCAGAGGCCGUCUCGUCCUCCGACACCACCCCCGUGCACACCACCUCCCAGGAGAAGGAGCCGCGCACCCCGGAGCCGCCAGACGCGGGCACAGAGCUCGAGGUCAUCAGGGUCACCAAGAAGAAGAAAGCUGGCAAGAAGAAAAAGACCAGGCCCGAGGAGGAAGCAAACCCGCCUCACCCGGCCUCCGCCCAGCGCGUCAUCGGCGCCAGGAGGGGCGACGGCGACAGUCCGGUCAGCAGCCCAGGCCGCGGGCAGGGCUCGCCCGACACCACCUUCGCUCCCCCCCAGGAGAAGGGGGCGGGGCCCGGCAGCACCCCCGAGAGCAGCGAGCCCUCGGAGCCCUGCCACACGGGCCUGCUCAUCCCCGAGAUGAAGGACACCUCCAUGGAGCGCCUGGGGCAGCCCCUGAGCAAGGUCAUCGAGCAGCUCCACGGGCAGCUGGACCCUCGCACCUGGGGCGCCCACGCCGAGCCCCCCAACCAGCCCUUUCGGACGGGCUCUCCGGGGGACGCCCCGGAGAGGCCGCCGUUUUGUGACUUUAGUGAGGGGCUUCCCGCCCCAAUGGACUUCUACCGCUUUACCGUCGAGAGUCCAGGUGCUGGUGCGUCAGGUGGCGGCAACCAUGACCCUGCAGGGCCUGGCCAACCGCUGCAUGUUCCUGGUAGCCCUGCGGCUGCUGGCCAGGAAGAGGAGGGAGGAGGGGGAGAGGACCGGGCGCCUCCUCCCCUAGGGGACACCCUGGGGGAGGCUCAGGAGCCCCAGGCCCAGGAGGCUCUCUGCCAGCCGAAGAGAGACCAGCCCAGCCCGUGUCUGAGCAGCAACGAGGACUCCGGGGUGGAGGAGGGGCAGGGGAGCCCUUCUGAGAUGUGCCACUCGGCCGAGUUCAGAGUAGACAACAAUCACUUACUCCUGCUGAUGAUCCACGUGUUUCGAGAAAACGAAGAGCAGCUCUUCAAAAUGAUCCGGAUGAGCACGGGGCACAUGGAGGGCACCCUGCAGCUGCUGUACGUGCUGCUCACGGACUGCUACGUCUACCUGCUCCGCAAAGGGGCCACAGAGAAGCCAUACCUGGUGGAGGAGGCCAUCUCCUACAAUGAACUCGACUACGUGUCGGUGGGCCUGGACCAGCAGACAGUGAGGCUGGUGUGCACCAACCGCAGGAAGCAGUUUCUGCUGGACACGGCUGACGUGGCCCUGGCUGAGUUCUUCUUGGCGUCUUUGAAGUCGGCCAUGAUCAAAGGCUGUCGGGAGCCACCCUACCCCAGCAUCCUGACCGACGCCACCAUGGAGAAGCUGGCACUGGCCAAAUUCGUGGCCCAGGAAUCUAAGUGUGAGGCGACCGCUGUGACCGUGCGCUUCUACGGGCUUGUGCACUGGGAGGACCCCACGGACGAGUCCCUGGGCCCUGUCCCCUGCCACUGCUCACCCCCCGAGGGUGCCAUCACCAAAGAAGGCAUGCUGCACUACAAGGCGGGCACCUCCUACCUGGGCAAGGAGCACUGGAAGACCUGCUUCGUGGUCCUCAGCAAUGGGAUCCUCUACCAGUAUCCCGACCGCACCGAUGUCACCCCCCUGCUCUCUGUGAACAUGGGGGGGGAGCAAUGCGGUGGCUGUCGGAGGUCCAACACCACGGAUCGGCCCCACGCCUUCCAGGUCAUCCUCUCCGACCGGCCCUGCCUGGAGCUGAGUGCGGACAGCGAGCCGGAGAUGGCCGACUGGAUGCAGCACCUCUGCCAGGCCGUAUCCAAAGGGGUCAUCCCCCAGGGGGUGACUCCCAGCCCCUGCAUCCCCUGCUGCCUGGUGAUCACUGACGACCGCCUCUUCACGUGCCACGAGGAUUGCCAGACCAGCUUCUUCCGCUCCCUGGGCACAGCCGCGCUGGCCGACAUCAGCGCCGUGUCCCUGGAGCCCGGCAGGGAGUUCUGUGUCUUGGAGUUCUCCCAGGACAGCCAGCAGCCCGUCGCACCCUGGGUCAUCUACUUGAGUUGCACAUCUGAACUGGACCGAUUCCUGUCUGCACUGAACUCUGGGUGGAGAACCAUCUACCAGGUGGACCUCCCCCACAAGGCCAUCCAGGAAGCCUCCCACAAGAAGCUCGAGGACGCCCUGAGCCUCAUCCACAGCACGUGGCAGCGCAGCGACAGCCUGUGCCGCGGCAGAGCCUCCCGGGACCCCUGGUGCUGAGGCAGAGCUGGCUGCUGUCCUGGCGUCCUGGCGUCCCGGGGGUAGGACAGGGAGGCGCACCGAGCACGCAGUCAUCGCUGUGUCGCCGUGCUGCUCAGGGCCGGGCCCCCCCCCGUUCCACAGCCCACCACCACCCCGGGCGCAGAACCAGUGAGCGGGCUGGAGGCAGGGCCUUUCCCUCCGAGGGAUCCAGAGUGGGUGCUUAGCGCCUUGGGCAUGCUGCCCAGCAGGUGGGCACUGGGAAGUGCUGGGGCAGGGGGUCCGAGCCCUAUGGGCUCUAGUUGCACAGCCCCCUCCCAGGGCCACGGCCUCAGUCCACGCCAUCUCUUCAGGAUGGCAAUGAGGGUAAUGUGGACUCCGAGGGGAGCGAAGGACGGAGAAGGCAGGAGUCCCCUCUUCCUCUCCUGGGCCAGGCCCGGGCAGAGGCUCAGGACUCCCUCCCCGGGGCCCUGAGUGCCUGGCCUGGCUGCACAGGGAGGGAAGCUGGACCACUGAGGCCAUAGUGCACGUCUCCUCACUAGCUCCAUCCCCGCGCACUGCUGCCUGCCUUCCGGGGCUGGCGCCGGGCCUGGACUGGCCCCCCCUGGCUGCCAGGAGGCCCUGCAUGUCCACGGUCCCCUACCCCCACCUCUCCCUGAACCUGGCAGUGUCAUGGACCCAGGAACCAGGCUGUGUCCUUGCACCCAAAGCAAAGGGAAGGGAGGAGGGCUUGGAAAGGAGCAGAGCCCACUAGCCUGGUGUUCACGUUGGAGCCUCCUGACUGUCCCCUGCUUGGCUAGAGCCAGGCCCUUCCCAAGAGCUUUGUCAAGGGCCCUCUGGGGGAAGGAGUCAGGUGGUCUGGGGUUUGUUUUUUAAAAUAAAAUAGAUACGUUAUAUUGCCAA